AUGGUAGUAAAAUCCCUAGAAUAUGAAACACAACCAGGUUUUAAAGUUGCAUUUCAAUAUUUCCUGGGACUAUAUCUGCAGACAUGCAUUAUAUAUAAUGUAUAUUUUAUUAUANNNAGGCUACCCUUCUGUAGGACCAAUGUGAUUCCCCAUUCAUACUGUGAACACAUUGGGGUGGCUCGACUGGCUUGUGCUGACAUCACUGUCAAUAUAUGGUAUGGCUUCUCUGUCCCUAUUGUUAUGGUGAUCACUGAUGUGGUGCUCAUUGCAGUGUCCUAUACAAUGAUCCUCCAUGCCAUCUUUCGGAUGCCUUCUCAGGAUGCCAGACACAAGGCACUCAGUACCUGUGGCUCCCACCUUUGUGUCAUCCUCAUGUUUUAUGUCCCAUCCUUCUUCACUUUAUUGACUCAUCGUUUUGGACGCAAUAUUCCACGACAUGUACAUAUCAUAUUGGCGAACCUCUAUGUGGUGGUGCCUCCCAUGCUUAAUCCCAUUGUUUAUGGAGUGAAGACAAAGCAGAUUAGAGAAGCUGUGGCUCACUUCUUCAUGGGGAUCAAGAAAUGUUUUUCCUCUUCCUCAUUGGACUGA